AUGCAGGAGGACGCGAACCCUUCGGGCGCACUCCGGUGCUCUGCCAGUGAUCUUCGGGAGGGGGGUCUUCGAGUGUUCCCCUGUGGGCCUGACACCAGACAGUGGGAGUAUUUCAACAGGACGUGUUACUACUUCUCCCUCGAAAAGUUAAGUUGGAUGCAAGCUAAGUCCCGAUGUGAUGAGCAACAGUCUCAACUGGUUGUCAUCAAAAGCAUGGCUGAACAGAAUUUCAUUCAGACCCGGACCAGAAAUGAGCGCUAUUGGAUUGGAUUGACAGACAGGGACACCGAAGGAGUGUGGAGAUGGGUAGAUGAGAGCGAUUACUAUAGUAACUUCGUGUACUGGAAGCCAGGGGAACCCAACGACAGCCUCCGUAAUGAGGACUGCGCUCAUGUCUGGAACAAUGGGGAAUGGAAUGAUGUCUACUGCACCUAUCUCUGUUACUACAUCUGUGAGAAACCCUUGCCAAGCAGAGCCAGACCACAUCAUAGGGGGAGCUAA